CCGAGGAACUCCAGAGAUCCGGAGGAGAAAUCAAAAGGGUCAUGGAAUGAGGCAAAUCCUUUUCCGAUAGUAGAUUGAGGAAUGGCAAAGAAAAUUUUGGCGUCGGACCGACCGAAGAGUUUUACUGGUUCCUGAUUGAGCGGUUCCCUCCAGGCACCUUCUCGAUCGAUCACCGAUCAACGAGACUUCUUCUCAUCAUUGCCCCCCCCUUUCCCUUCGCUUGAUCAUCUUUUCAUUGAUUCCUCGCGCUCGCUUGCAAUUCUGGUGUCAUUCAACUCGGUCUCUGACUCCUCACCUUCCUUCGACCCCCUUUUCCCGUGUUUACCUCACCCUUUGCGGGAUCUCUCAGAUUGAUUGCAAUCUAGAUCGUCUUUCCUCACCCUCGGCCAUUCUCGGGCGAUACCAGUACUCAGCGUACCGCAUACUCCGUCUCUUCCACCAAAGCCUACAUCUCAUCUCCCUUCUCCCUACCCACCGCCACCACGAUGAGAAGAAGAUCUCAGGCAGUAAUCCCCGACUCGGAGGAUGACGCAUUUCUCAGUGGCACGUCAUUGAGAAAUUCCUCUCCCCCUCGUCGACAAGAUCCCCAGCGGAAGACUUCGCAUUCCAGAUCACGGACCUCUCGCGUCAUCCAAGAUUCCGAAGAUGAUGGUCUUGCCGGUCUAGAUCUGGAACCCUCCAACUCGUCUGCUACCAAGCGUAACUCUACAAUGGCCGUGAAAGUCGUCAUCCCCUCCAAUAAAGAUGUAUCGCCAAGUGACUCGUGCGGCUCGUCGGGCAUGCGGUCUGCCGAUGGCACCACAGGCUACAGUACCCCGGCGACCAGCGUCGGAACUCCUGUGGAGUCUAGCAUUAAGCGGACUCGGGGCCGUGUGAGUGCAUCGGACCGCGCCCAAAGCCUUCGCGCAAGUACCAUGACUAGAAGAGCGUCUCUAAGAAGCCAACGUGGUACAAAGAGAUCCGCCGAUGCUGCUGCGCUUUCAGAUGAUGAGCUAAGUCUCGAAACCUCUGAUGCUGCCAUAGCUUAUGCUCUUCAGAUGGAGGAGUAUGAGAAACCACUACCUAAGAAACAGAAAACUGCAGCCCCAAAGCGGUCCUUGCAAAAGGCUCAAACAGCACAGGAAAUCCUGGAUGCAUCGAGUGACAGUGAAUUGUCCGAAUGGGAUCUCAUCGACAAGUCGCUAAAUUCGGAGGAUGAUCUUGAUGAACAUUCGGAUUCAGAAUACGACGGUGAAGAGCGACAAAAGCGAGAAGAAGGGCAACAGGAUGGCGAAGACGCAGAAGAAGCUGCCCAAGACAUGGACGAAGGAAAUGAGUCUGACUUGAAUCUGAGUUGGGAAGAGCAGCGCAAAGCACGUCGGAUGCUUGCCGACCGGAAGAAGCUGGAGAAAAAGCAUCCGGAAAUCGUGACCAUGUGGGAUAAGCUGAAGGCAACACCUACCAUCACACCCAAGGCUGCUCAGCAGCCGGAAUCCAUUACUCGCAAGCUCAAACCGUUCCAAUUAGAAGGUUUGAAUUGGAUGAUGGAACAGGAAAAGACCCAAUACCGAGGUGGUCUUCUUGGUGACGAAAUGGGCAUGGGCAAGACAAUUCAGGCCGUUUCGCUCAUCAUGUCCGAUUUUCCUCAGCCCGAACCGACUCUCGUCAUUGUGCCACCCGUCGCUCUGAUGCAGUGGGUCUCUGAGAUCAAGGCAUACACCAAUGGCAAAUUGAAGGUUUGCGUCUACCACAACUCAGAUUCAAAGGUCAAGAAGCUUUCGCGGGCGGAUCUCCGAAAGUACAAUGUUAUCAUGAUUUCUUACUCGAGUCUUGAAUCUAUUCACAGAAAGCAGGAGAAGGGUUGGACUCGUGGAAAUGGAACCGUGAAAGAAGACAGUGUCAUUCAUUCUAUCGACUACCACCGGCUUAUUCUUGACGAAGCACACAGUAUCAAGCAACGUACUACUGGUGUGGCCAGAGCCUGCUUUGCCCUGAAUGCUUCAUACAAAUGGUGCUUGUCCGGAACUCCCGUACAAAACAGAAUUGGAGAGUUUUUCUCUCUUCUACGCUUCCUACAAGUGAAGCCUUUUGCCUGUUACUUCUGCAAGCAAUGCCCCUGUGAGGAGCUCCAGUGGUGUGCAAAUAAGCAAGGUCGUUGCACAAAAUGUGGACAUACUGGCUUCAACCAUAUCUCGCUCUUCAAUAAAGAAAUCCUGAAUCCAAUCACGGAGGGAAGAUCCAUUAUUGAACGUAAGGAAGGAUUGGCAAAGCUUCGCUUGAUCACCGACCAUAUCAUGCUCCGACGCAUGAAGGAGGAACAUACAUCAUCGAUGGAACUUCCACCAAAACGUAUCACCAUCCAUAAUGAGUUCUUUGGCGAGAUCGAACAUGAUUUCUCUCGCAGUAUCAUGACCAACUCGUCACGCCAGUUCGACACCUACGUCAGCCGAGGUGUGAUGCUCAACAACUACGCCAACAUCUUCGGUCUGAUCAUGCAGAUGCGGCAGGUAGCUAACCAUCCCGAUCUCAUCUUGAAGAAACAUGUGCAGCCUGGAUUCAAUGUUUUGGUCUGCCGCGUUUGCGAUGAGCCUGCUGAGGAUGCGAUUCGGUCGCGCUGUCGCCAUGAGUUUUGCCGCAAGUGUGCCAAGGACUACAUUCAGUCUUUUGACGAUGUCUCGAUGGUAGACUGCCCCCAGUGCCACAUUCCUCUCUCGAUCGAUUUGGAACAGCCAACUAUCGAACAAUCUGGGGAAUCCGUCAAAAAGAAUUCGAUCAUCAACCGCAUCCUGAUGGAUGAUUGGACGUCCUCCACCAAGAUCGAAACGCUUUUGUAUGAGCUCUAUCUGCAGCGAACCAAGAGCCACACACCGAAGUCGAUCAUUUUCUCCCAAUUUACGUCGAUGCUCCAGCUUGUGGAGUGGCGCCUGCGCCAUGCAGGAUUCAAUACGGUCAUGCUCGAUGGAACUAUGACGCCAGCACAACGCCAAAAGUCCAUCGAGCAUUUCAUGAAGAAUGCCGAUGUCGAGGUGUUCCUGGUCUCACUGAAAGCGGGAGGUGUGGCUCUCAACUUGACCGAGGCAUCUCGAGUAUUUAUUGUGGAUCCAUGGUGGAACCCCGCGGCCGAGUGGCAGAGUGCGGACCGCAGUCAUCGUAUUGGUCAACAGCGGCCAUGCGUGAUUACUCGGCUUACCAUCGAAGAUUCGGUCGAAUCUCGAAUUGUCCAGCUUCAGGAGAAGAAGGCGAAUCUCAUCCGGGGCACUAUCAACAAAGACCAGGACAAGGCGCUGGAGAAAUUGACCCCCGAAGAUAUGCAGUUCUUGUUCCGAGGUUCAUAGGCAGCCCUGGCGGCCCCGCCACUGGUGCACGCCGCGCCAGUGAUUGUUUUCACGGCUCACGAUGUGUCCCUGAUGUCACGCCGACUGCAGCAUUGACCCCCGCGAAAAGCGAUAUGAUCUCACGACCCUAUUUGUUAUUGGAAAGCCCCCACCUCACCCUCCUCCUCCUCAUCGUUUUACCAGCGGCGGUGUCGUAGCGAGUGAUUAUUGUUUUACUUGACCCCCUUGUACUCCUUCUAAGCAAUUACCCUUCAAGAUGCCUUUGGCCUAGCUACAGUACUACUAAGAUAUGAAAUACACCAUUUUGCCUGUUCA